GGUGGCUUGACCACGUUCGGUUGGUACUGGAUGGUGCUCUAAAGAUCGCGCGAGUGUUGGAACUCGAAGGAGCAUCUGCACUUGUCCAUUGCAGUGAUGGCUGGGAUCGAACUGCUCAACUCUGUGCUCUAGCGCAAUUGAUUAUCGACCCGUACUACCGCACCAUCCGUGGUUUUGCUACACUCGUGGAGAAAGAUUGGUUAGCAUUUGGACACAAGUACGCUGAAAGGUGCGGCAGUGACCGAAACCGAGACCCGCAACGCAACAAAUCUUCGCCAAUUAUGUUCCAGUUCAUCGACGCUGUCUGGCAGAUGCAACGUCAAUAUCCCCGGUCGUUCGAGUUCAAUGAACGCUUUUUAUUGCACUUGGCGAACGCGUUGACUUCGGGACUAUACGGGACAUUCAUGUACGACUCGCGACUGCAGCGAGAUGUGAACGAGGUCAAGUAUAACUCGGUCUCUGUGUGGACACCCGUGCUCAUGAAGCCUGAGCUGUACUCAAACAGCAAUUACGAGAUGCACGAUGGCCCUAUCUGGCCUUGGGUGAGCUGCAAGAUGAUGCGUCUGUGGGAAAACUACUUUUUCCAGUGGCAUCCCAAGUUCUACAAGUGCCAGUGGGCAUGUAGUUUGGUUUAUCACGGCCUUUCCAGCUCUCGCGGCAGUACCAGCAAUGGCGACAAGGAUCGAGAGAAUGCUCAACAACAAACCCCGCAUCGUGAUGCAUCCCACGUUAAAGAUCCACCAGCGCUAGACCUGUUGGCGACACCAAUCACGUCUAGUAUCGCCGAAGAAAAUGGCGAUCUUGAUGUGCCGAUCAUUAGUCUGUCGUCGGAAGACGAGGACAGCUCGAAAAGGGUGCGAACUGCUAGUGGAACGUACACUCAAAAAGCACCAAAGCGGAACAUUUUUGGCCUAACCAGAGGAAGUCGUCAACGUGCACAAAGCGAAGAGAAUGGAAGCCAAGAAGUAUGCUAGAAAACGAGGAUAUCACAUUACCAACGUAGGAAUUGGAGACAAGUGGGAUAACCGUAAGUGUGCAGUUGACUCUGUACCAUGAUAUAAGUAAAACC